CUGAUCCCUGCCAUCAGGAACACACUCCUACUUGGCACAGCCCUGGAGCAAGGACCUUGCUCCAGCCCAGAGAGCUGCUUUGCUCCAUCAGCUGUAAUGAGAGCUCAAGCUGCAGCGAAGGACUGAACAAGACUGGGGACACCAGAGGUAGCUUGCUGAACUGUGGGCUCACUGAUAUCAUUAAAAAGCACCCAGCGAUGGCCGAGAGCUCAGCUGUGACCACAGCAGUGCCAGAGAGAGCAGCACCAACCAAGCUAGAGGAGCUCCUGGAGAUCACCGCUCAGAGCCUGGUGCGCGCUGAGGUGGCUGAGCACUAUGAGGUUGUUCGGGAGCUGGGCAGGGGCAAGUAUGGCCAUGUGAUGCUAGUGACCCACAGGCAGAGAGGGACUCCUAUGGCUCUCAAGCUGCUACCCAAAGCCAGUACCAAGCUGCACACAUUCCUGUAUGAGUAUUGUGUUGCACUGUCCCUCGCCACACACCCUGCCAUCAUCGGCAUGUUCGGAAUUGCCAUUGAGUCCAGCCAGUACUAUGGCUUCCUGUAUGAACCAGCGCUGCACAAGGACCUCAUCUCUAUCAUCAAACCCCGCGAUGGGAUCCCUGAGCCGGCCGCAAAGCAGUGUGCCAAGCAGCUCGUGAGCGCGCUGGAGUUCAUCCACAGCCGGGGGCUGGUGUACCGCGACAUCAAACCCGAGAACGUGCUGCUUUUUGAUCCCGACUGCCGGCUCGUCAAACUCACUGACUUCGGCCUCACGAGGCCCAAGGGUACCAAGCUCAAGCUGGUGGCCGGGGUAAUCCCCUACACUGCCCCCGAGCUGAGCAACACUGCUGAUGCCCAGGGGGUGCCCAUCGACACCAGCAUGGAUGCCUGGGCCUUCGGGGUGCUGCUUUUCUGCCUGCUGACCGGCUACUUCCCCUGGGAGCAGAGCCUGCCGGAGGACCCAUUCUUUGAGGACUUCAUGCAGUGGCAGGAGACAGGCCUAGAAAAGGACGUGCCCCGGCACUGGAAGCGCCUGACAGCCGAGGCUGCCGGGAUGCUGCGGAGCCUGCUGGCUCUAGAUCCCGCCAAGCGUGGCCCCGUCAGCGGCGUGCUGCGCUAUGUGGACUGCCCUUGGCGCCUGGAGGAUGGGCGCAGUGAGGAGGCUGCCGUCAGGUCCUAGAGCCUGCUCCCCACAGCGGGAGGGAAGGAGGGUCUCAGCCUGCAAGGGGCUUCAGGGUUUGGGCAUCAAGGUGGCCUGGGUGUGAGAGGCCGAGGUGGCCCAGAGAGCAGCUUCUCUGCAGCACUGUCCCUGCUGCCACAGAGCCGAGCUCCUUCCCCAGCUGAUGGCCCUCACGCCAUGACUCCAUGCUGCCCAGCGCCGCCUCCUUGUGGCUUGAAAGCAUCUUUCUCUUGGAAAUGACUCUGUGUGAAGCACCCACUCCUUUCCUAGCCACAGGAACUCCCGGGCUGCAGUACCUGCCGUGCCUCAAAAUAGAGCAAAAUACGUACUUUUG